AUGACGACAGCCGACUCAUUUCUCGCGCAGGGCUCGGACGCCUUCCAUGCGACCCUCGCAGCGCAGCUCGAAGCCGCCAUGGACAAGCCGAUGCCGCAGGUCGAGGUUCAGUUCCACAAUCUCUCGAUUUGUGCCGAAAUGGUUGUCGCGGCCAAGGACGGACCCGACCUUCCGACGCUUGUCAACGAGCUCAAGAAGGCGGUGCGUGGUCUCUUUGCGGCCAAGCGGUCGAUCCGGAAGGACGUGUUGCACCCGAUGACCGGCGUCUUCAAGCCGCGCACGACGACGCUCGUGCUUGGCCAGCCCGGCUCGGGCAAGUCGUCGCUCAUGAAGCUCUUGAGCGGCCAGUUUCUCAUGGCCAAGAACAUUUCUGUCGGCGGCCAAAUCACGUACAACGGCAUGGCCCUCGAAGUACUGCGAUCCAAAGUACCCCAGUUUGCGUCGUAUGUGCACCAGCGCGACUACCACUACGCGACGUUAACGGUCAAGGAGACCUUGGCCUUUGCUCACGCGUGCAGCGGCGGCGCGACCGUGCCACCGCACGUGGCUUCUGCGCUCACAAAAGGGUCGCCGAAUGCAGUCACGGCAGCGCAAUCCAUGCUAGCGUCGCUUUACGCGGUCUUUCCAGACGUCGUGACGCGUCAAAUGGGCCUCAAGAUCUGCCAAGACACGAUCGUCGGCAACGGCAUGCUCCGCGGUGUCUCGGGCGGCGAGCGCAAGCGCGUGACGGUCGGCGAGAUGGAGUUUGGCAUGAAGCAGGUGUCAUUCAUGGACGAGAUCAGCACGGGCUUGGACGCCGCGGCCACGUACGAUAUCGUCAAGGCGCAGAAAGGCAUGGCCGCGUCGCUCAAGAAGACGAUUGUGAUUGCGCUUUUGCAGCCAUCCCCCGAAGUCUACAACCUCUUUGACGACGUCCUCCUCCUCAACGAAGGCUACGUCAUGUACCAUGGUCCGCGCGCCACGUGCUUGGCGUAUUUCGAGUCGCUCGGCUUCAAGUGCCCGGCGCACCGUGACGUGGCAGAUUUCCUACUGGACCUCGGCACGCCGCAGCAGGACCAGUACCGCGUUGCGGCGGCGGAUCUGUCCGUCCCGCGUACCCCGAGCGAGUAUGCGGCGGUCUUUGAAGCGUCGGCCAUCUAUGCGAGCAUGUUGCAGUACGUCAACUCGACGGCGACAGAACGACGCUCUCGC